UACUCUUUCUUUCUCUCGUACUCGUCACUAAAGUUGUAGAGUUCUCGCCUCGAGCUAAGGCCUUGAAUCCGCAUCCAUCGCUUUAUCAAGGCAACCUACAUCCGUAUUUUUUGACAAAAAAGUAACGUUAGAAAUUAAACUAAACGAUGGCAUCAACAUCAGAACUUGCUUGCGUGUACAGUGCUCUCAUUCUCCACGAUGAUGGAAUCGCCAUCACGGCAGAAAAGAUCGAAAAGUUGAUUAAGGCUGCCAAAGUUGAUGUAGAACCCUUCUGGCCAGGACUGUUUGCCAAAGCCUUGGAGGGACACAGUCUAGAAAGCCUUAUCCAGAGUGCUGGUGCACCUGGUGCAGGAGGGGCUGCUGCCCCUGCUGCAGGAGGUGGUGGUGCUCCUGCUGCUGGUGGUGGAGAUGAGGCUAAGGAAGAAGAAAAGAAGGAAGAGAAGAAAGAUGAAUCUGAGGAAUCAGAUGAUGACAUGGGAUUUGGAUUGUUUGACUGAGCAGAUACUGUCACAGCAGCAAGAAUUAUGUUUAAAUAAAAAGAUACAACAGAAACAAA